UUCUUGUUUAGUAACAAACUUUUAAAAUAAUCGAAUUUGUCCGAGUUGUACUGUUUGUGCUGAUUUCUAAGCUCUUCUUGAGUUUGUAUGUCUUAAAUAUUAUUUGAACCAUGCAUUACUAGGAUAUUGAUCGAUGUAUGAUACUAGAUAGUGUACUUUACUGAUAUGAGUGGACCUUGAACCAUGACCUAAACUGUUGUCAUUGUAAACAUUGGGAACCUUGUGCCUUAUAAGGAAAAAGUGAAUCACAAUGCCCAUAUAUGGAUCAGCCCUUACCAUAUAUGGGAGAUGGAAUCAACUGAGACCAAGAAUUCUAAGAACUGUCUUAUCAAGAAAUACAGGUAUAUAAUCUGGCACUGAGAUGACAAGAAUCAUAGUAACAAACCAUUUUAAUGUUUUAAUGCGCAACAGCUCCAGAAUACAGAAAAAUAAAGGAAUCUACUGAAAGGAAGAACAUUGUAGAACAUAGUGAAAUAUAAAUUUAACAUCCAAUCAAACAAGCAAACGAAAAAACAAGCAAGAUGACUAGCAGUUACGAUGAUGAAAUUGCACCUGUGGUGAUUGACAAUGGAUCUGGGAUGUGUAAGGCAGGGUUUGGAGGAGAUGAUGCCCCCAGAGCUGUCUUCCCAGCUGUUGUUGGGAGGCCAAAGUACCAGUCAUGGAUGACAGGGAUGGGAUCUAAAGACAGUUACAUUGGUGAUGAGGCCCAGGCAAAACGGGGCGUCCUUGCCAUAAAAUACCCAAUAGAGCAUGAAGCCCCACACAAUCCAAAAGCAAACAGAGAAAAGAUGACACAGAUUAUGUUUGAAACAUUCAACACACCAGCAUUUUAUGUGGCCAUCCAAGCAGUGAUGUCUCUGUAUGCCUCAGGACGUACAACUGGUAUCGUCUUUGAUGCGGGAGAUGGAGUAUCACAUGUUGUACCUAUAUAUGAAGGCUAUGCACUUCCACAUGCUAUAGAUCGUAUUGACCUGGCAGGGAGAGAUUUGACAGAUUAUCUCAUGAAAAUAAUGCACGAACGAGGAUACAGUUUUGCAACUGGAGCCGAAAGAGAAAUUGUGCGUGACAUUAAGGAAAAACUUUGUUACGUUGCGAUGGACUUUGAGCAAGAAAUGGCAAGUGCAGCUAAAUCUUCAGCUAUAGAGAAAGCAUACGAGUUACCAGAUGGACAAGUGAUCACUCUCGGGAAUGAGAGGUUCAGGUGCCCAGAAGCCUUGUUCCAGCCAUCUUUCUUAGGAAUGGAGUCAAUUGGUAUCCAUGAGUCAGUGUACACGUCCAUCAUGAAAUGCGACGUAGACAUCCGACGUGACCUCUAUGCAAAUAUUGUGUUGUCUGGUGGCUCCACCAUGUAUCCAGGUAUUGCUGAUCGAAUGCACAAAGAAAUAGGAAGUCUUGCUCCCAGCACUAUGAAAGUCAAAACAAUCGCACCUCCCGAGCGCAAAUAUUCCGUUUGGAUCGGAGGCUCCAUAUUAUCCUUUCUUUCAACUUUCCAACAGAUGUGGAUCAGUAUGGCAGAGCGAAUGCACGGGGAAAUCCUGAAUCUUGUAUCUAAACAUGGACAUGCAUGGAAUCUUUGUGUUAGAGUAAGAGCCCCACCAGAACGUAGAUUGAGUGUGUGGAUAGGGGCAUCAAUCCUGUCCAGUUUAGACGAGUUCCGAUCUAUGUGUAUCAGUAAAGAGGAGUACUUUGAAUAUGGACCAGAAAUAGUUCAUUAUGAAAAGAAAGUUUUAUUUGAGCAUAUGUCAGAAAAUGCUCCAACUUGA